GUGGAAAGAAACCGACAAUGACGAACACUGGGGAAAUUCUCAAGGUACUUGAUGAUUUUGGAUGGUUUCAGUGCUGGUUAGUGGUGUUAAUCACACUGUCCUCUCCUAGCAUUGGCUUCCAUAUGUUCUCGCAGUUAUUUAUGGUCAUGCAGGAACCCCAUUAUUGCAACACAAGUUGGUUCAAUGGCGUUGGCUUGAACUUGACUGAAGAAGAGCGGCUGAACGUGACUCUUCCAAGAAAAUCUGAUGGGACUUUUGAAGAAUGUUCUAUGUACUCUCCAGUGGACCGGGAUCUUCACCACAUUGUACGAUACGGGCUAAAUUCUACUGAGAAGUGCCAUAAUGGAUGGGUGUAUCCUUCAAAGAGAGAGCCAUCAUUGGUCACACAGUUUGACCUGGUAUGUGACAGGAAAGAUUUAAUUGACAUCUCGCAGUCCAUCUACAUGGCUGGUCUUCUGGCUGGAGCUCUGGUCUUUGGUCCAUUAAGUGACAGGUACGGUCGGCGACCAAUUACUCUGUUGUCUCUGCUCAUUGAAGGGGCGUUUGGUGUGGCUGCCGCUUUUGUCCCACAUUUCUACCUCUAUGUUGCCUGCCGAUUCCUCGUGGGGGCCGGUGUGAUGGGGCUCACAAUAAGCACUCUUGCUCUAGGUACCGAGUGGGUCGGGGUUGCCUAUCGUGCACGUGCAGUGAUUGUCAACCACCUGGGCUUUGCUGUGGGGCAGAUGAUCCUGGCUGGCUUAGCUUACGGCAUUCGCAACUGGAGACUGUUGCAGGUGGCUGGAUCUGCCCCCAUCUUUUGCCUCUUUUUUUACUUAUGGCUUCUUCCUGAAUCUGCACGGUGGCUUGUGACCAGAGGGAAAGUGGAGGAAGCCAAAAAGCUCCUUCAGAAGGCAGCCUCUGUGAACAAAAGGAUCAUCCCCCUGAAACUGUUAGACCAGCUGAAACCCGAAAAGAAGGCCAAGUCUGGAAGUAUUCUGGAGCUCUUCAGAAAUCCCCACUUAGGGAAAGUGACUUGUGUCACCUUGUCGAUCUGGUUGGCCAACAGUCUGGUAUUCUAUGGAUUAAGCCUUAACGUGGGCAGUUUUGGCCUGAAUAUCUACCUGACACAGCUGAUCUUUGGGGCUGUUGAGAUCCCAGCUCGCUUCGGCUGCAUCUUCCUGCUCCAGUGGAUUGGGAGGAAGAAAUGCCAGGCUUCCUGCCUUCUCCUGGGUGGAACUGUCUGCCUCCUCAUCACGGUCGUUCCGAAAGAUUUGCCAGUGGCCGUAACAGUGUUGGCUAUCAUUGGAAAGUUUGUCAUUGCUGGUUCUUUCUCUACGUCAUACGUAUAUUCUGCAGAACUGUUCCCUACUGUUGUCCGGCAGACUGGGGUGGGGCUGUGCCAGACAACAGCCCGAGUGGCCGGCAUUGUCUCUCCUCUAAUUGGUCUCUUGGAGAAGUACCACACAUCUAUCCCUGUGGUGAUAUUUGGAAGCGCAGCAGUGAUAGCUGGAGUCCUUUCCAUCCUUCUCCCGGAGACGUGUGGCAGGGAACUUCCGGAUCAUGUGGAUGACAUUGCAGGCAACCCAAGGUCCAGCAACAUGGUCAGCAGUGGCUUGAAAAAUGUACAUCUAAAACCAAAUGAAGAUGGUGAAAUUAUUGAACAGACAAUUACCCACCUGUAGCCAGGACCACAAACUGUUCCAGUGUGCUGUGAAUGUCGAAAAUAGAAGAACUGAUGGAUCCACCCCACCCCCCUGCUGUGAAGGGUGGAUGAAAAUAAAUGAUUUUACUAUUUUUUGUCGAAUUUAAAAAAUAUUUUGUAAAAACAACAAA